AUGGGUAUUAAUUGCAAAGGAGUUCACAGGGUGAUUCACUUUGGUCCAUCAUCAGACAUAGAAAGCUAUGUGCAAGAAUGUGGGAGAGCUGGACGAGAUGGCCAAGAGAGUACCCGUGUCUUGCUUUAUAAUUCAUUGCUGUCAUCACGUUGUUCUGAUGAUAUGAGGGGUUACUUAAAUAAUGAAGAAUGCAGAAGAAAGGAACUACUAAAGGUUUUCCCAGGCAAUCAUGGUGUUACAGUCCAAGGCUGCAAAUGUUGUGAUGUUUGUGCAGCUACAUGUUUGUGUGCUGGUCAGUUUGGCAAGUGUUCUUUAUCUAUGUCCUUAGAAACAAGCAAGAUGGAUAUUGAUGUGCAUCAGUUCAAGAAAAGCAGGGCAGUCAGUGAUUACCAAAAAUCUUUGGUACAAUCAAAAUUACUCUGCUAUAUGAAUGACUUAAGGGAUAAAUCAGUCAAGCCGGUGUUAUAUCCAAAUAUUUAUUUUGAAUUUGGCAUGCCUCAAAUUGCACAAGUGGUUGACAAUUGUUUUAAGUUAUUUUCUAUUGCCGAUAUUAAGAACUCUGUUGAGAUAUGGCGAACUGAAUAUGCCAGGAAAAUCUUAAUUAUGUUGAAUGAUGUAUUUCAGGACAUACCUGACCUUGAAUUUGAGGAAAGUGAUGAUGAGUUUGAACUCACUGUGGACUCUGAAUGGGAGGAUGUCAGAGAUGAUUCAGACAUUAACUUUCUGCAUAAUACUACUAAUAUUUCAGACAUAAGCAAAGCAAUGAGUGAAAUUGAUCAAUCAAAUCAAACAAUUUUGGAAAGUAGUGACAUAAUAUUAAAUACUUUAGCUUGUGAUGUAGCCUGCAAUAUUAAUACUGAUGAUAAUGAUAUUGUCUAG